UCGACAAGACAGACGCCAUUAAAGUCAGGACUACUCUGAUCAUGGACCCUCGUACCAGUGCCCAGGACGUGAUGCGAUGUGACCUGUGUGAGACCGCUGUAGUACAGAUGCACUGUGAUUCAUGUCUUGUCAACCUGUGUAAGGCUUGUGUGGGAGAACACAUGGUAUCUGAUCAAUCCAAAAAACAUGAAGUUGUUCAAUUCAAGCUUAGAAAAUCUACGCUGCUCUUCCCUGUGUGUAAAAUUCAUGAUAAAAAGGAAGACAUUAUUAAAGAAAAAAAUGAGCUAAAUGAGACAAUUUAUCCCACCUACCAGUACAUUGCCUUUGAUGUACAAAACAGAAUGAGUCAGUUAGAAAAGAAAUAUGGAGAUCUCUCAACAGCCAUAACAAAACAUGGAGAGGACUGGCACAGAGAAAUUGACGAACUUGUCCAGAAACUUAAAGCUGAAGUUGAAAAAAUGAAAAAUACACAGUUACAAACUCUACAGAAACAUCUGGAUGAAAUAAACAAAAUCAUUUCUGACAUCAAGGAUGAAAUUGAUUCACUUGAUGUUGCUGUUAAAUCUAAUGACAUGUCAAAAAUAUUUAAAUCUACAUUCAGUGUAGAGAGAUAUAGAAAUCUUCCACAAAAAGUUCUGCCAUCUUUACCUACAUUCACGCCAUGCAAAAUCAAAGGACAACACCUUAGUAAAAUAUUUGGAACUGUAUCAUCGAGUUCUCCUACAUCAGAUAAAUACGGCUACAGCAUGAAGACAACAAAAAAUUCACCAGAAGCUGGAUCCUCUCCUCCAGUCAAACAGCUGCUUGAUGAACCAGAGACUGUAACAACCAUAAACACCAGGUUUUAUAACCUUUAUAAUGUGGCCUGUCUGAGUGAUGAAGAAAUCUGGACAAGAGGAAGUGACAACACCAUGAAACUCUACAGCAUCAAUCAGGGAUCACUACUCAAGUCAAUCAGAACCAAGUCGGGAACAACCAUCUGACAUAGCAGUGACAAAAAGUGGAGAUCUAGUUUAUACUGAUAUCAGUGAUAGAACUGUGAACAUUGUGAAGAAUGAGAAGAUAGAGGUGGUGAUCAGACUACAGAACUGGAAAC